AUGGCUUUCCCUUGCCAUUUGUUGAACUUUUGGAGAAGUCCAAUCCUCUUGUGGCAGCCACAACAGAGGGGUUCAUCCUUGGAGCCUCAUACUCCUCAAACUCGAUCGAGCUCGAUCUCUUCUUCUUGCAAAUCCGCUUCAUGCCCAACUAAAGUGUACACAGGGGGUCUGAAGUCAAUGUUCUACCUCCUAGACCGUGGUGAGCUCAGGGUUGGGCAGAAGAAGCUUGGAGGGUCCAGCCAAUGGAUGGGUGAACUUGAAUUGGAAUCUCCCAUCCAACUCCUUGUGCUCAAUGAGGAGGUUGGUCUUGCAAAACUUGAUGUCCAUCCAACCUGGUGGAGUAGACCUUCUCUUGUCCACUUGAACUCCUGCUGCACAAAGAAUUGGUGUGAUCACCCCUCCAACACUAAGCUUUCUUCCUCUUUGGUGCCUAGUGUUGUAAGCUGUGACCUUGUAGGCUUGGAGCUGCUCAAGGAGAGGCAUGAGUUCCCUGCAUGUGCCCUAUCUCCUCUGAUCUUCUUCCCAUCCUUGUGCGUGAGAUGA